AUGAGAAAAAUGAAGCUGAAGGUGUUUGGGUUGGUCGUGGGGUUUGUGGCCAUGUCUAUAACCCUUUUCUUCCUGUAUACCAGAAAUUUAUUCCUGCGAAAAUACCUGCGAGUAGGGAAAAUCUCAAACUCUUCAGACCUUGCAAAAGUUUGUGACAUGAUUAUGGAAGGAAAGGAGAUUUUCUUGGAUGAAAGUACACCAGUGACACCACUGAGAAGCAUAACCUGCCAACAAUACUUGGUCCAAAAUCACUACAUAAUGGAAGCUCUGUCCAAAGAGGAAGCCGAGUUCCCUUUGGCGUAUGUCAUGGUCAUCCACAAGGACUUUGCUACAUUUGAAAGGCUCUUCAGGGCUAUUUACGCUCCCCAGAACAUCUACUGCGUUCACGUGGAUGAGAAGGCCCCAGCUGCUUUCAAAGAUGCUGUUGGAAAACUACUGAGCUGCUUCGCAAAUGCCUUUGUGGCUUCAAAGAGGGAGUCCGUGGUCUACGCAGGAAUUUCCAGGCUCCAGGCCGACCUCAACUGCCUGCAAGACCUGGUGGCCUCCCAGGUCCCCUGGAAGUACGCCAUCAACACCUGUGGGCAAGACUUCCCCCUGAAAACCAACAGGGAAAUAGUUCAGCACCUGAAAGGAUUUAAAGGGAAAAACAUUACCCCAGGGGUGCUGCCUCCUCCUCAUAUCACCAGAAGGACCAAAUACAUGCACUUGGAGCAGAGAUACCGUUUGUUUUCCUUUAUGCUGUGGACUUGGAUGAGAAAAAGUCCUCCUCCUCAUGAUCUGACCAUUUACUUUGGCUCUGCCUACGUGGCCCUUACAAGGGAGUUCGCGGAUUUUGUUCUUCAAGACCAGAGGGCGGUUAAUUUACUUGAGUGGUCGAAGGACACAUACUCUCCUGAUGAGCAUUUCUGGGUGACACUCAAUAGGAUUCCAGGUAAAGAGUCCCUGAUAUUGAGCAAUUCUGGGUGUUGUCAAUAUAAACGGUGACCUGCCCCAGGACAACUAUAACUACAUGAAAAUGAAGAAAUAAGAGUGUCCCUUGUAUUCAAAGGUGACAUCAGUGAUGGUGAUAGUGGCUCUCUGUGGGGGAGAAGAGCUGCAAGAUGGACACCCAUUCUACCCUGACCCCACAUGGGAAGACCACGCUGAGUUGGCAGCGAUGGCUGAUUUGACAGGGUCUCCAUUGAGGUUGACCUAGACAGAGGUGCCAAACAUGCCCAGCUCUUGCUAGGUGGUCACUUGGCCCCACUGGCUCAUGCCCGCAGAUCCACUCUAUUCCUGCAAUAUAAGAAAAGGAUACAGACUUGUAGUUGAUCUCCCUUCCCUUAAGUAACGGUAACAUUUCUCUUCUUGCUGGAAAUAAGAAGUUAGAGCAGACUUCCUGACAGUCUGCACAGGGCCCUGCAGACCAACUUUGGCAGUAGUAUGUAUGAAGUCAGGCAAGUGAAAAAUUAAGAAGAGAUCAU